GGCGGAGCUGAGCGGGUUGAGAACCGUCGCGGGUUAUUUUCACUUUGCUCGGAGACACGGACUGGACGGGCGCUGGGGUGUAUGGAUAAGAUGGCGGAUGUAGGAGGCGAUGAAACUCGGUCGACUCUUCCUGCGGCGUGCCGUAACGGUCCGCUUGUCGUUUCGGCGACGGGUACCGCGACUACAGUAGCGUCGGGUCCGCGGGUCGUGAGGAUCGUGAAGUCGGAGUCGGGUUACGGUUUCAAUGUACGCGGUCAAGUUAGCGAAGGCGGUCAGCUUCGGAGUAUCAACGGGGAGCUGUACGCUCCUCUUCAGCACGUCAGCGCCGUUCUGCCCGGAGGAGCGGCUGAUCGAGCUGGUAUCGUAAAGGGUGACCGGAUCCUGGAGGUUAAUGGGGUGAGUGUGGAAGGGGCAACCCAUAAGCAGGUGGUGGACCUGAUCCGUGCCGGGGAGAAGGAACUGGUUCUGGCAGUGCUGUCUGUUCCGCCACAGGAGGCUGACGGAUUGGAAGGAGGAGAGGACGUUCAACCCAAUUAUGACUACAGUGACAAGCAGGCUGUUCCCAUCUCCAUUCCUACUUACAAACAUGUAGAGCAGCACUCUGAGAGGUUUGUGGUCUACAACGUGUAUAUGUCGGGCAGACAGCUGUGCUCAAAGCGAUACCGAGAGUUUGCCAUCCUGCACCAGAACCUAAAGAGGGAGUUUUCAAACUUUAAUUUUCCAAAAUUGCCUGGUAAAUGGCCGUUCUCCCUUUCUGAACAGCAGCUGGAUGCUCGGCGCCGAGGUCUGGAGGAAUACGUGGAAAGAGUGUGCUCCGUGCGGGUGAUUGGUGAAAGUGACAUAAUGCAAGAGUUUCUUUCUGAAUCAGAUGAGAACUAUAAUGGAGUGACAGAUGUAGAACUACGAAUAGCUCUGCCAGACAACACCAUCUCUGUCAGAGUUCGUAAGAACAGCACCACAGACCAGGUUACCAGGUCAGACCACAUGAUAAUGAAAAUUGGAAUGGACAGUGUUAUGGCGAGCUACUUUGCCCUUUUUGAGGUCAUCAACCACACGUUUGUUCGGAAGCUGGCUCCGAAUGAGUUUCCCCACAAGCUUUAUGUGCAGAACUACACAUCAGUGGUGCCGGGGACUUGUUUGGCGCUCCGCAAAUGGUUAUUCAGCUUGCAGGAGGAGGAGCUGCUCAGAGACAACCCACUGGCACUACACUACUGUUUUCAUCAGGCAAUGGACGAUGUGAAGAAGGGAUUCAUAACAACAGAGGACAAAUCCUACCAGCUGCAAAAACUGGCAGAGCAGCGAAAGAUGGCUACGUACCUGAGCUUGUUGCGGUCAUGUGAGGGCUAUAAUGAGGUGGCGUUCCCCCACUGCUCCUGUGACUCUAGAAGGAAAGGUCAUGUCAUCACAGCUAUUGGCAUCAAUCAUUUCAAGCUGCAUGCUUGCACUGAGGAUGGUGCGCUGGAGAACCAGGUAAUCACUGUUGAGUGGGGGGAGAUGCAGCGCUGGGACACUGAUGAGGAGGGGAUGGCCUUCUGCUUCGAAUAUGCCAGAGGAGAGAAAAAACCUCGCUGGGUCAAGAUAUUCACUCCAUAUUUUAACUACAUGCACGAGUGCUUUGAGCGAGUCUUUUGUGAGCUGAAGUGGAGGAAACAGGUUGAGGAAGAGGCAUCCGAUAAAGAUAACAAAAAUUGCAGCAACAAUGAGUAUCUGCCUCCUCUGGAGACACAGCAGAAGGGAUGGCGCCACCUAGGGGGGGAGAUUGCAACAUCCUAAAAUCAUCAGUCAUCUGAACUAUAAAUUGGUCCACUCAUAUCAUCAGAGCCACCCCAGAGAGCGCCCAUCGACAAACACAGAACCGAGUGUCAGAUUGAGGCGAUCCACGCCAGGAAACGCGCUGGAAGUGUCUAAUUUGGGAACCUGGAGUGGGAAGAAAAAAAAAAUCCCAUUAGCCAAUCCCGGGAGCACACUGCAAAAAG